GCGGGGCAGAGAGGAGCGGCUAUGGCGCGGAGGGCCCUGGCGCUCGGGGUGCUCGCUCUGCUGGCGCUGCUCGGCCUGGGGGCGGCCGCUGAGGCGCCGAAGGUGGAAGUGUACGCCCGUUCCCGCGCCGAGGUGGGAAAGGAGAACACUCUCCACUGCUUUGUCACUGGCUUUCACCCACCCAAGAUUGACAUCGAACUCCUGAAGAACGGCGUGCCCAUGCCCGGCGUCACGUACGGGGACUUGUCCUUCAACGACAAGUGGCAGUUCCAGCGCCUGGUCUAUGCGCCCUUUAUCCCCACAAGGGAGGACAUCUUCUCUUGUAGGGUGGCGCAUUCCACCAUGCCGGAGUCACGCAAUUACAUCUGGGAGCCAGACUUCUGAGCUGCGUCUGGGAUAAUCCAUGGUUUGAGACAUUCUUCGUGCAAGUCAGAGUCUUCUCGAGCUUCUGUCCAUUCUUCAUCAUAGCCACAAGAUUGAUGAACUUCUUUCCAAAAUUUGCUAAUAAUAUCACUUAGCCACAGCAUCAAGGGAGCUCUGCAGGCUUUUUGAGCUAAAAAUUUUACUGCUUAAGAAAAUGAUAUCUUUUCAUUGCUCAAAAUUUUGGAGGAUUUUUAUCCUUUAAUAAACUGCUAGCCCAUUAAAUGUU